AUGGUCCGCAUCACCGACAUCCUCAAGACCCAGAACAAGACCCGCUUGAUCGGUCCCAACUGCCCCGGUAUCAUUGCUCCCGGUCAAUGCAAGAUCGGUAUCAUGCCCGGUUUCAUCCACAAGCGCGGUCGCGUUGGUAUCGUCUCCCGCUCCGGUACCCUGACCUACGAGGCCGUCAACCAGACCACCAUGGCCGGCCUCGGUCAGUCCCUCGUCGUCGGUAUUGGCGGUGACCCCUUCUCCGGCACCAACUUCAUCGACUGCCUCAAGGUCUUCCUCGAGGACCCCGAGACCGACGGUAUCAUCAUGAUCGGUGAGAUCGGUGGUUCCGCCGAGGAGGAUGCCGCCGAGUUCUUCAAGGCCAACAACAUCCACAACAAGCCCGCCGUCUCCUUCAUUGCCGGUAUCUCCGCUCCCCCCGGCCGCCGUAUGGGUCACGCCGGUGCCAUCGUCAGCGGUGGUAAGGGUGGUGCCGACUCCAAGAUCGCUGCCCUCACCGACGCCGGUGUCAUUGUCGAGCGCAGCCCUGCCUCCCUCGGCAAGACCUUGCUUGCUGAGUUCGUCAAGCGCGACCUCGUCUAA